AUGCAUCUAUCCUGGUUUAUCAAGCAUACACAAGGGGAAGAUGGAUGGAUCAAUCUGAAAAUGUUUCAAGCAUGGGUUCAUGGAUCAUUGGUAGAUCCAAAACAUUGUAAGAGCAAAAAAAACUAUUUAAGUUGCGAUUUUCAUGAUCUCAAGACUAUGAAGUUUAGCACACUUAAGCUGGCCACCUGUUACCUUUACAAGGUUGCCGUCGAGGCAAAGAUCUCUCCAAAGGAAGAAUUUGCUGGGGAGAGUGACAGCAAUUAUAAGAAUGAAUAUUUAAUUACCAGAAUGACUGGUAAGGAUACUUUUACUCCCGAGAUGACUAGAAAUAUGGUACUUGAGAACGGUCUGGCCAUUGUACGUGAAACAACAACCUUUGUCAAUCCCCACGAAGUUAAGUUUGUUCCGGGAUCUGUCCUUGAGAGCUUGGAUAAGGUAGCAUUUGCGUCAGACAGGUUUGGAACACCCAACAAAUUCCUUACAAAGCCUGACUUCUCCUACAUGGAGGGAUACAAUAAGAUGUCAAAACAAAAGAAUGAAACCAAGGCAACUGAAACUAAUAGUGCCAGCAGUGUCGAUAGUACCAAAAGUAACUCUGGGAAGGGAGAGAAAGGGUCAACCACUUCUGAUGAUGAAAAGGUAAGCAAUGGAACUGAAGGGGGCAAGACAGAAGACGGAAGCUUAGAGAACCAAGAUCAGAAUGACCAAGGAAAUAAUAUUACGAGUGAUGGAGAGACAAAGACAUCCGAUAAAUCUGGGUUCUUCCCUGGUGGUUCCUUCGUAAGGUCUUCCUCUGGAAAGUAUUCAUCCUUGGCUUAA